ACAUACCAGCAACCUGUCAGCAAGACACAAGGCUUAAAUAAAACAGCAACAUGACAACUUUAUAUUCUGUGCAGGCUAUGAGGAAAUUAGUCUGUGACCGACUGACUGAAGCAGCACAGGAUAUUCUGGGAGUUUUUGAGAAAAAAGUCCGAGAUUAUGAGAGUGAGUUGAGCCGCCAGCGCAGACUGUUGGAGAAUGUGUUCGAACCGGAGAUAAAGAUCCAGAGAACAGAGUUCCUAUGCACACCUGUCAAUGUGACCGUGGAUCUCCAAGCUCAGCAGUGGCAGCGAAACCCAAGGAAAAACCAAAAGAACCCAGAUUGUCCAGAGAUAAAAGAGGAACAGCAGGAUCUAUGCAUAGAUGAGGCGCGACAACAGGAGUCUGAAGCCUCAUCUAGUGAACAAAGAAUUCACGUUCGUUUGGAUCCAGCUGUACUAUCAGAACCAAACUCUGACCGGUCGCCCUGCUCUGGUGCCACUGCAAAAAAGCGUCACAUGACCAGCAAUAAAGGAAGUGCAACAGCAAGCAAACACGCCAAGGCAGCAGUAAAUGGAAAAAAAACAUCUUUGACAAGUACGGAGCCAGCGGCAAAUGGAAACACAUCAUCAUCAGAACAUCAAGGGUUGACACAGAAUGAGGAACAUUACAAUAACUGGAUCCCACCAGUUGAAAGCCCAGAGCCAACACCAGAUGGGUGUACAUCCGCCUCUGAAGAUACAGACGUAACACGAAGUGAGAGUUGUAACUCCAAAACUCCACCGUCUGCUAGAAGUAGUGAUCCAAAACCACAGAAGAACAGUGACAGUAGAAACCACAAAGCGGCAAAAACUACAGAGAAAUCAUUACAUAAGAGAAGUAAUGACAAGAAUGCGAAGUCAACCAGAAGUGAUGAACCAAAUAAGGAACAACAUAAGAAACAACAUAAGAAAACAACAUCGACUAAAAGUAGCACCAGUGCCCACCAGUCGAAGAGCAAAGAACAUGUUACUACUAAGAAUGGAAGGGCAAAAAGUUCUGAACAUGAAGGGAAGAGAAGUCAUGAUGGAAACACGGGAAAAAGGAAGACGAGCAGCAGUACUCAUAAAGAACCAAGAGCAAAUGAGAAACCAAGGGAUACAAACCAAAAAGAAUCAUCGCAGCGUAAAGAAAAGUCGACACAGAAUGAGAAACGUGAUGGUGACAACCCUGAUGUGACCAAAAUACACGACACAUCACAAAAUAAAAAAAGUAACAAGGAAAAUUCAACUGCAUCCAGAGGUGCGGAUAAGAACCUCAACAAAAAGAAAACAUCAUCGUCAUCUGAUAGCGCCAACAAAGCACAGAGCAACAAAAAUGAUGGUGCCUGUAACGCAACAUCAACCAGUGAGCAACAAAAGAAAAACAACGUGGAAACUGCGUCUAAUGGAAGCGCCAAAUCGACAGCUGUUAACAAAUGUCCCAGCCAAAAUGGCACAUCAGCAGGAAGUAAAGCACUGACAUCAAGUAAGAGACCAAAUGAUGGAGGUACAACAUCCGAUGGAGGUGCUGGACCUCCACCAAAAAAGAAACACAUCGACGAGGCAAGAAAAGACUCACAGCCUGACAACAGUUCCACAUCAAAUGGAAACAAUAAUACGCCGUCCAGUAGCCAGAAGACGUCAUGCAAGGAUCCGUACAAGUGCAAGUUAUGCGGGAAGAUAAAGGGUAAUUUCAACACCAAAAAAAUACUUACGGAGUCGCACACAGCCGAGAAAAACAUCAAAUGUGACACCUGCGGGCUCAUGUUCAGCGAGACGUGGGAUUUGAAUAAACAUUUAGUCAUCCACCUUGCGGACAAGCCUUUCAGAUGCAAGGUUUGUGGGAAGGGAUUCAACCGGCGCUUCAACCUCCACAUGCACGAGAGGGUUCACACGGGGGAGGACAAACCGUACAGCUGUGCCACCUGCGCCAAAAGCUUCGCCUCCAGCGUCAAUCUGAAGAGACAUGAGAAGAUUCACGCCAGUGAGCCAUUUAAUGUUGAUGAGAGGGAUGAUGAUGACGAGAGGGUUGAUGCCAUUGAGAAAGUUGACACCUCCGAGAAGGUUGACGCCAACAAGAGGGUUGAUGCCAGCGAGAAGGUUGACACCUCUGAGAAAGUUGACACCAGCAAGAGAGUUGAUGCCAACGAGAAGGUUGACGCCAGCAAGAGAGUUGACGCCAACGAGAAGGUUGACGCCAGCAAGAGAGUUGACGCCAACAAGAAGGUUGAUGCCAACGAGAAGGUUGAUGGCAACAAGAAGGUUGAUGCCAACAAGAAGGUUGACGCCAGCAAGAGAGCUGACGCCAACGAUAAGGUUGACGCCAACGAGAAGGUUGACACUAACGAGAAGGUUGAUGCCAACAAGAAGGUUGAUGCCAACAAGAGGGCUGACGCUAAUGAGAAGGUUGACACCAGCAAGAGAGUUGACGCCAACAAGAAGGUUAAUGCCAGCAAGAGAGUUGAUGCCAACGAGAAGGUUGACGCUAACGAGAAGCUUGAUGCCAACAAGAAGGUUGACACCAACAAGAAGGUUGACACCAGCAAGAGAGUUGACGCUAACGAGAAGGUUGACGCCAACAAGAGGGUUGAUGCCAACAAGAAGGUUGACACCAACAAGAAGGUCCACACGGACGAGAGGGUCCACACGGGGGACAAACUGCACAGCUGCACCACCUGCUCCAAAAGCUUUUCCUCCAGCGUCAAUCUGAAGCGUCAUGAGAGAGUUCACGAGAAGCCUUAAGUCUGUAGUGACCACAGAAAGAGUUCGCCAACCUGUUGUUUUUUUCUAAAUCACCAGCGGGUUCACACAGGGAAAAACCUUCCAAAUGUACGUGGUGCAAGAACAAUUUAUCCACCAGGACGACUGCGAAGGCUCAUUAGAGUACACACAGGCUGGAAAGAGUCAAAGUAAGAACUUCAAAUCAGGCCUGAAAGUACAUUUCAGGAUCCACAUACAAAUGUCAGACUCGUGCAGAAUUCUCCUGCUGGACAGAUUAUAACAGACACACAAAUAUCCACAACGAGAACUAUGUGAUUGAACUGAUUGUAUGUUUCCUGUUGAGCCUUAAUUUAUUUUAAUAGUUUUACAAAAAAUUCUUUUGUUGUAUAUCUUAAAGCAGGGAUUCCCAAUUGGCUUUGCCUGGGUGGACAAGUAAUGAAGUUAGAGCUGCAGCUACUGAUUAUUUUCUUCAGUUCAACUAAUGAUUAUUUGAUUAUGUCAAAAAAUUAGUAAAAUGUUAAACAGACGUGUGACAGUGACAAACAACUAGUCCUUUAUUCCAGAACCAGAAACAACGACAAAAAGUAUCAAAUAAAAGUAUGUAUAAAAAUAUAGAAAUAACAACCACAAUAACAGUAUAAAAGUAUAUAUUUUAAAUAUUUAUAGAUAUACUACUACUACUACGACUACUACUACUUCUGCUACUACUUGGUUGCCCUCAGGUGAGAGACCACAAGUUUCUUCCAACCCACUGUAAGUGUUCCCAGUUGGUUUGUUGUGACUCCACCUGCGUCUCGCCUUAGGACCUUCACAUAGUUUUGUCAGGGUCAAAACACAGUAAUGUUCCAUCAGAGAGUGAACUUUAAUUGAUUGCCAUUCCAACAUUUAUUUCAAUAUAAAGUUGCUCCUUGUUUCAGAUAAUCCCUUAUGGUCCAGCUAGGAAA